CGAGAACAAUUUCAAACGCGAGUUAGUCGCUCAAGUGCACGGUACUAAUUGAAAAACUACUUCCAAACUAAUACUAAAAUUCUUUCAAAAUGAGAAUCCUGGCGGAGAACCAUGUUAAUUUGCUCGACCCCUCGGAGCUGAUGCGUCCUGAGCCCACCUUUGCCGACAAGAAUCCCUCCAAGUUCAGGGACUACAGCAUCGACACCACAGAUCCUUUGAAGGAGCGCGUGCGACAGACCUAUCGCCAGAUGCACUUGAACCAGACAGUUGACUUUGUCAAUGGACGUCGUGAUCGUUGGUUAAAAUUCGACACAAUUAAGAUGACAAUUCGCGAAGCUCUGGAGAAGCUUAAUGACCUGGUGGACGAAUCUGAUCCCGACCUGGAUCUUCCCAACAUCAUCCACGCCUUCCAGGCGGCGGAGCGAGCACGCGCCGAGUUCCCGGAGCACGACUGGCUCCACCUGACCGCCCUCAUCCACGAUCUGGGCAAGAUUAUGGCCUUCUACGAUGAACCCCAGUGGGCGGUAGUGGGCGACACUUUCGCCGUGGGCUGCCGAUGGGGCGACAGCAUCGUCUACCGGGAGGAGAGUUUCGAGGGGAACCCGGACGGUGAGAACCCUGCCUACAACACCGAGUACGGUAUCUACCAGCCCAACUGCGGAGUGGACAACCUGCUCAUGUCCUGGGGCCACGACGAGUACAUGUACAAUGUCCUCAAGCACAACAAGACCAAGCUUCCCGACGUGGCCUGCAACAUCAUCCGCUUCCACUCCUUCUAUCCGUGGCACAACGGCGGUGACUACAAGCACCUGGAGGCACCCAAGGAUGCGGAGACCAAGAAGUGGGUCUUGAUUUUCAAUCGCUAUGACUUGUACACGAAGAGCGAGGUGGUGCCGGAUAUUGAGGCUCUGUGGCCUUAUUACCAGAGCCUUAUUGACAAAUACUUGCCCGGAGUCAUUGAGUUCUAAAGAAACCCAGGCAAUCUAGGGGUUACUUUAAUUCACAAGAGGGCCAUAUAACAUACACAUAUAC